CGCUCUGCCUGCGAUAUCCACCCAUUCGUCUUCCACGAUUAUCUACACAUUAUGUUGGAAGAUAGCCGCAAAUCCAUGAGAAGGCAGAGAUUUGGAAGCGGGGAAGAAGCGUUUGGGAGGAAGUGUGGUAUUUAUAUGGUCGAACACGAAUCUGGCAACGAAUCGUCGAGGUCGGAGCGCGGGGUAAAACAGUGGAAUGCAUCUGAUCUGCGAAUGUGCGAAUGGUCGGCCUGCAAAUGCUGCGUUUCCGCCAGCUGGUCUGCUCGCUGCUCGAGCUCUUCCCUCGUGCUCCUCCUUCGGGAAAGGCUUUGGCGGCUGGAGUGAACUCGGUCCGGGUGGGGGCCUUGUUCAGUCUUCCAAUGGUCUUUUUCAAGUCCGAAACUCUUAACGUGAAUGCCGUCUGCUUCACCAAUGCUCCAUUCCGUGGUGGCGGAGCCGGGGGUGACGACUGCCCAGCCGGGGACGGAGGAUCGGAGGGAGCCGUCUUUGGGGCGGCCUACAACGUGGGUCGGCCUGUGCCCGGGAUAUCCAUGAAGAAAGGAGGAUUGGGCGGGACCUGCUGGUCGCCCUGCGCACGGACCCACGUGCACCUAAAUUGCGGAUCUCUGCCCCUCGGACUCCCCGGCCAGGACCGACCAGUGCGACAGCGCCAGCCUCGGUGUCCCUGCGCAUUGCGCAGCCCAUCCAGCACCCCCUGUGUUUAUGCUUGCCGCUUGCCGCUUGCCGCGAUAAUCCGAAAAAAGGAACCCGCCCGCCUCGCGUCCACCUCCGAUGACUGCUUCUCAUCACCAUCUCACGACGAGUCGACUGUCUGGCCCUGGGGAAGACAUUUUCCCGAGAAGCGGCCGAAGAGGCCGAGAAUAGACAAGCGCCGCUGA